UUUAAAAUGGACUCUGUAUUAAAAGACAGUUACUUGACAAGUUUUUAUCAUACUCCUGCUACCAAAGCCAUUUCUGACCUUUUCGAAUCCAGAUCUUCAUCAAGAAAACAGUCUUCUUCAACAGUGAAAGAGUCAAAUUCUCCUUCUUACAAUGUCCUUGAUGUUCCCAAUAGCAAAGCUUUAGUGUCUGCACUGAAAACUCUUCAAGAGAAGAUUUCCCGGUUAGAACUGGAUAAGUAUAAAGCACAGAACUGUUUAACAAGCUUGUCCAUGGAGAACAGUGAACAAAAGAAGGCCUUGUCUGAGAAAGAAAAGAGUGAGGCUGCUCAGCGUGAAGCUUUACGGCAGAAAAGUGAUGUAAUUACCCAGUUGAAUUCAGCAGAGCAGCGUUGCUCACUUCUUGAGAAGCAGUUGGACUACAUGAGAAAGAUGGUUCACAACGCUGAAAUGGAAAAGAAUACAGUGCUUGAGCAGCAGACAUUUCUUCAACAAGGAAAUAUUCAGGAUAAAUUGGAAAAGCUUGAAUUUUUAGAGGAGGAGUGUCUUCGACUCACAGCCACUCAGCAGGCUGCAGAGAGCAAGAUUCAUCAGUUAGAGGAGAAAUUAUAUGCAGAGGAACAGCAACGUAAAUUAAUGGAGACUAAAGCUGUCCAGCUUGAAAGUGGACUUGAAAUGAACAGAAUAUUUCUGUCUGCGGCUGCACAGAAUGCUUCCCAGCGGAAGGAAAAGAAAAAGAAGCAAUUACAGAAGAAACCUGCAGUAAGUAAGCCUACUCCUGACCUGAGAAUGUCUUUGAAGGCAGGUGAUCUCCCAUUUGUAGCUGGUAAAUCUACCAGUACCAGUCAUUCUCUGAGUGCAAAUGUGCAGAGUGUUAUGCACAUGAUUAAGCAUCAAAGCCAGAGCCCACAUAGUACACAGACACGGUCAAAAUCUGCAGGACACAAGCCAGUUAGUCUUGCAGGAACAAGCAGGAGUUCAGCCUGUGCAGCGCUCUCUACAGGUGAUAGCCUGACUGAUCUACUACAUGCUCUACAGGGCGAGCUGGAGGACAUGAAUUUUGAAUAUGAUGAGCUAUUGAAGCAAAUAAAUGAGACAAAAGACACUGAUAUGCGUGAAGAUUUAGAACGUGAGAUGGAGUGCCUUGUCAAACAAAUGGAAACCAAAAGUGAUCAGAUCCUGAAGCUGAAGAGACAUCAGCAAAAUGUUCUUAGGCUCAAGAAAGCAGCUCAGUCAAUGACGAAACUCUCUUCUAAUGCCAGAUCAGCUCUCACAGGACAGUCUUGCAAAGGAGACAGUCCUGUCACUCUAGUGAAGAAACAAGAGGCUUCAGCAAGAAGCUCUCCAGCUCCCAGUAGCAACGCUGCCCUUCAGCUGUUGAAAAACGUGCAGAAGAUUCAGACAAAUUUAAAGAAGGAUGAUAUCAUGUGGGAAAAGUGAUUUUUCUUUUUUUGUAUAUAUUCUUUUUUGCUGUGUGUGUGUGUGUGUAAUACUAAGGUCUUCUCAAUCCUGUGUGUGUACAGUGACUUCCAGCGCCUAUUUAUUUAUUGUUAAUAUUUUAAAUAAAGAUUUUAAAUUUUGUGUAUUUGUAUCCAGAAUGACGUACAUAUGUGUACUUGUUUUAUACUUUCAAUAAUUUAUUUGUUUUCAUUUUUGUACCACUGCUGAUACCCUUCAUUAAUAUAUGCUCUGUUUACAUGUACAGAUGGUGUCUACUUAUUUGAAGUCAGUAAUACAAUUUUGUACCAC